CUUGAUUGGAGCGCGGGUUGUUGUUGCCAUUGGUCCAGCUGAUAAAUCAACCGGCUACUAUUUCGAACGCCACCUAAGCUCAUAGCAAACCAUUAGCUUUCUCCUCUUGGUUGCACGCAAGUUCAUUGAACGAAGGUUUCGAUCUGUGUUGGCUCUCUGCACUGUGCAUAAAGGUUUCAAACUCGGUUGAAAAAGAGGUCGACAAGAUACUCAAAGGUACAUACAGUGCAGACGGUUGUUAUAGAAACAUCCUCGUUGUUUGUUAUAUAUAGUUUUUUUAUCGUACGCGUCUGGAUGUAUCUGUCGUGCAGUAGCAAAAGAUGCUAGCUCCUCUAACCUAACUAAAUUUUGCAAAGAUUAUGAACUGGUUGAUGCCUGUUUGCAUAAAAACAUGGCGCACAAGUCAAUUUUAUUACAAAAACAAAUCAGAGACAACUCAGAAGAUUUACAAAAAGAGUUUCUUGAUAUGGAAGCAUGGGAAGAACAGAUGAAAAAAAAAGACUUUGAAAUUCGGCAUAUGAAGGAUGAGAAGGUUCUUCCUCCUGUCAGAACUAAAAAGAACAAGAAGAAGGUAACCCCUUACAGUAGAGAGGAAAAACCAAAAGCCAAACGAAUUGCAUCUUCUGACUAUAAAUCAUGGGACAAAUUUGAUGUUGAAAAAGCAUGUGAUGAACUUGAUGAAAAAACAGUUUCAAAAUCAAAGAAAGAAAAAGUUGAAUUUGAAAUUCCUUCUUCGGAACAAUUAGAAAAAGAACACACUGAAGCAAACAAAUACAAAGAUGAAGGUAAUCUUCUAGUUAAAAAGCAAGAAUGGGCUGCUGCCAUAGGAAAAUAUAAUCAGGCUCUUAAAAUAUUUCCACAUGAUGCUGUGUUUUAUGCUAAUCGAGCACUUUGCCAGUUAAAGUUAAACAACUUAUAUUCUGCAGAGGCUGACUGUACAGCUGCCUUGAAUCUCAAUUCAAACUACAUUAAAGCUUAUCAUAGAAGAGCUUCAGCAAGAAUAGAAUUAAAACACUAUGAAGAUGCUAAAAAGGAUAUAGAAACAGUAAUAAAAUUAGAACCAUCUAAUAAAGAAGCUAAAUGUAUGUUAGUCCAAGUGCAAGAACGCAUUGAUGCACAAGCUUCAAAGAGAAUAGACAUUUCUGGAAGUGAAAGCAGUAAUUUUGAAAAAAGAAUUGGAGAAAAAUUGUUUGAAAAAAAAUCUAUUUUAGAAAAUACAAAAUAUAAUGACAAUACUGAAAAUAAAAAUAAGAAAACAGCAAUAACCGAAGAAUUUAUUACUGAAACUAACAGUGGUGUAUUUAAACAAACUAUUGAACAUAAAGAUGACCAAAAAAUUGAAAAAAUAAAACUUCAAGAAACUGAAUCAACUGAAGGUUUACCACCAUGGUUACCUAAAUUGAAAGAAAACGUUAGCAUUAUUGAACCUUUAACAGAAGCUUCUCAAAAGUCUAAACAAAAACUAAAGAGGAUACUCAUCAAAGAAUUACCAUCAAAUGAAUCGAUAUUUAAAGAUGUCGUUGACGAAUUAGCUGUAGGAAACCUAGAAAGCUCAUCCAAAGGAAAUAAUAUUAAUAAGCCUAAUGUUAAUAGUAAACUGGUUACUCAACUUCCUAUUAGCAAUCUUAAUGAAAGAAAAAACUCAAAUGUAAUGUAUAACUUGCCUCCACCUCCAAAAUCAGCAGUAGCAUUUCUUUUAGAUUGGCGAAAAUGUUGUUCUACAGAAUACAGAUAUAAAUAUUUGAAGCAAAUUAAUCCUAAAAAUCUUCCAGGCAUAUUUAAAGAUUCUAUGGAAUCUAAUAUUUUUAGUGAAAUUUUACAAAUUUUAAAUUUACAUUUUACUGCUGAUGAUAAUAUUUACGAUUUUUUGAAUUGUUUGGCGAAACUCAAACGAUUUAAAACCCUGGUGUUAUUUAUGAGUGCAUCUGAUAAAGAAGCUUUAAAAAGUCUCUUCAAUCGUUGCAAAAAUAAAGAAGGCAGAACCGAAGAGGAUUUACGAAAUCUACACGCUACUUACGAGAUGUAAAAUAAUUGUUGGAAGAGUCGUGUGCAGUGUACAAAUAUUUUCCUCGUGGCAACAUAUUCAUUACAUGAAAUAGUUUAAGAUUUAUUAAAUUAUUGAAAAUUGAUAUAAGAUAGAAGCUUAAGGAAAAUAGCUAUCAUUUGAAAAGAUUAAGACGCAUUUAAAUAUCUAAUAGUUAUAAACGAGAUAAAACUCGAGUAGCAAAGAUUACAAAACUGUUUCUAUUAAAAGUUUUUAAUUAUUUUUAAAUUCAAUAUGUUCGAAUAAUUAGUA